UUACGCAGCGUCGCUGCAUGAUGACGUACGCGGAAGUGGCGGUGGGGGGUGCCGGGGCUGAGGCCUCCCGGGGCUGGUCCCCGGCGCCGUGAGCCGCUCCCGGGCACAGCCGCUCCGAGCUCAGCCGCUCCCGGGCACAGCCGCUCCGAGCUCAGCCGCUCCCGGGCACAGCCGCUCCGAGCUCAGCCGCUCCCGGGCACAGCCGCUCCGAGCUCAGCCGCUCCGAGCUCCCGCGGAUGGCGGAGCGCAGAGUCCUCGUUCUCUUCGGCAGCCAGACUGGCACGGCCGAAGACACCGCCGAGAGGGUUGGCAGAGAGGCGCAGCGGCGGCACCUGCGCUGCCGGGUCCAGGCGCUGGACAGCUACGAUGUGGCCAACCUCAUCCACGAGCCCUUGGUGGUCUUUGUCUGUGCAACCACUGGCCAGGGUGAGCCUCCCGACAACAUGAAGACGUUCUGGCGGUUUCUGUUCCGGAAGAGCCUGGCGCCCUCCUCCCUCUGCCGGCUGGACUAUGCCGUGCUGGGCCUCGGUGACUCCUCCUACCCCAAGUUUAACUUCGUGGCGAAGAAGCUGCACAAGCGACUGCUGCAGCUUGGGGGCAACCCUCUGCUGCCAGUGGCACUGGGAGACGACCAGCAUGACUUGGGGCCAGAUGCAGUGAUUGAUCCAUGGCUCCUGGCCCUAUGGGACAGGGUCCUUGCCUUGUAUCCUCUCCCUCAUGGCCUUGAGAUCAUCAGCCCUGACGUGCGCCUGCCCCCAAAGUACCUCCUGCACUUCCUGCCUGAGGACUCUCCGAGCCCCGAGGGUGGGCUGCAGCUGCCGGCAGCUCCGCGGGCUGAGCCCUCCGAGCAGUGUCCCUUCGGUGCGCGGCUGGUGGCCAACCAGCGGGUGACAGCAGAGACACACUUCCAGGACGUGCGCCUGCUGGAGCUGGAUGUCAGCGGCUCGGGCAUCAGGUACUCUGCAGGGGACGUGGUGAUGAUCCAGCCCCAGAACUGCCCUGAAGAUGUGCAGCAGUUCUGCCAGCUGCUGCGCCUGGAUCCAGACAGACUCUUUGUGCUGGAGCCCACGGAGCCUGGCACAGCCCUGCCCCCCCUGCUGCCGCAGCCCUGCAGCCUCGGGCACCUGGUCACACACUACCUGGACAUCUGCUGCGUGCCUCGCCGCUCCUUCUUCCACCUGCUGGCCUGCUGCUCCCCCAGCCCCCUGGAGAGGGAGAAGCUGCAGGAGCUCAGCUCUGCCCAGGGCCAGGAGGAGCUCUACAGCUACUGCAACCGGCCCCGCAGGACCACGCUGGAGGUCCUCUGGGAUUUCCCUCACACCACCUCUGCAAUCCCACCUGAGUACCUGCUGGAGCUCAUCCCACGCAUCCGGCCCAGGGCCUUCUCCAUUGCCUCCUCUAUGCUGGCUCACCCUGACCGGAUCCAGAUCCUCGUGGCAGUGGUGCGGUACAAGACGCGGCUCAGCAAACCCCGGCGUGGGCUCUGCUCCACCUGGCUGGCUUCCCUCAGCCCAGAGACAGGUGAUGUCCGGGUGCCUCUGUGGGUGAAGAAAGGAGGACUGAAGUUCCCAGCUGACCCUGGCACCCCUGUGGUCAUGAUUGGCCCUGGCACGGGGGUGGCACCUUUCCGAGCGGCGAUACAGGAGCGGGUGGCACAGGGGAGGAGAGGGAGCUACCUGUUCUUCGGCUGCCGCCAUCGAUCCGGGGAUUUCUACUGCCAGGCAGAGUGGGAGGAGCUGGUGGCAAAGGGCUUCCUGACGCUGUUCACAGCCUUCUCCAGGGACCAGGAAUGCCAAGCAGAUGCCCGCGGCGGUGGCCGAAGCUCUGCAGUCGGUGCUGCAGCUGGAGGGGGGCCUGACAGCCGCCCAGGCACAGGAGCAUUUGGCAGCCCUGGAGCGGGCCCAGCGCUUCCAGUCCGAAACCUGGUCCUGAGCCUGGCUCCCUGCACCCCUCCUCUGAGCUCUGCCCCAAUAAAGGAGCCAGCAAAGCCACCUGCCUCGGGCCUCAUCCUCGGGCUGAGCUUAUCCCAGCCAGGACCAAGGGGCUGGAUCUACCCAGCCAGUCCUUCCCCAAUGGCAGCAGAGCCAUGGUGGGCAGGGGGGACCCAUCUCCUGGGGGUGUGGGUUUGGCACGGGUGAAGCCUGGCUCCCCAUGCCCACGCCCUGCUGGGGGAAUGGGAGAAGUCUGUGAGUGGCUUCUGCAUGGGACCAAACUGCCACCCAGCCGCU